GGUUUACUGGUUUAAUUACUCUAUCUUUUAGCUUAAUUUUCUAAUAAUUUUUUUUUGAAAUUUAUGGUAAUGAUUCUCCAACCCCGUGCCUGCAUUGUUGUCCUUAACUAGAACGUUAAGAAAAGGAAGUCAAUCCAUAAGGUUUCAGCUCUGAUUCAUGUGAUUUGCUAAGGUUUCUCACCAUCUGUUCGUUUUCCAAAGAAAAUGCGUCUGCAUUUGCCUCCCAUUUUUUAUUAUUUUUUAUGAUAUUUAUAAAACCUAACAAAGAAAGAAAUAAGAUUCACGUAUAUUCGUAUUCCCAAAUAUUUGUUUCUAAAAUUUUUGGUGUAAUAUUUCCUAUAAGAUUACGCUAUAAAAGUUGGGUAUGUUCUCUGCAUCACUGUUUGAUAUGGAAAUGAAAUAACUGUUGAUCUUGAUUCUACUACCAUUGAAUCUUUACCGGAGUUUGAAAAAAAAAAGACCAAACCUUGGAACUUGUUAUACUGGACGAAGAUGAUGCUGUCUUAAGACUCAAGACUUCAAGGCUGUGUCUUCUAGUGGGUUGGGGGUUUAAAAAUGGGUAAGGAAAAUGCUGUCUCUCGUCCUUUCACUCGUGCCCUUGCCUCUGCUCUGCGCGCUUCAGAAGCCACUUCUGGUACACAGAUUCAACAGAGAGCAAACACUAAAAGACCAGCCUCUGAGGAUAAGGACGUCACUGCUGCACCCAAUAAGAAGAAGAAGCGAGAGGUUCUAGAGGAUAUCUCAAAUGUAACCUUCAAUGCACCUAAACUUGAGGUCAAAAACAUCAAACAGGUAAAGAAAGGACGGGGAUUAGCGAGUAGAUCCAAGUUGAAAUCAGCUUGUAUUACUUCAGAAACCGCUGAUCUUCAGUUCAGGACCGAUGCAAAAGCUGAAGCUGUAUCAGUGACAGCAGGAAGCAUGUCUCUUUGUAAAGGCACAAAUGACACAGCUGUUAACUGUAAUUUCAGAUUGCCUCCAAGACCUCUUGGGAGAUCAGCUUCUAUAGUUGAGAAAAGUGCUGUUAUUGGUAGUUCAACUGCACCUGAUAUCCAAAAAUUCAUAGACAUUGAUUCUGAUGACAAGGAUCCUUUGCUCUGCUGCCUCUAUGCCCCUGAAAUCUACUACAAUUUGCGUGUUUCAGAGCUUAGGCGCAGACCGGUUCCGGACUAUAUGGAGACAAUACAGAAGGAUGUGACUCAGUCCAUGCGGGGGAUUCUGGUUGAUUGGCUUGUGGAGGUCUCUGAUGAAUACACGCUCGUACCAGACACUCUUUACCUCACAGUGUACCUCAUAGACUGGUUCCUCAACGGAAACCACGUGGAAAGACAGAGACUUCAACUCCUCGGCAUCACUUGCAUGCUAAUUUCCUCGAAGUAUGAAGAAAUAUAUGCGCCACGCAUUGAAGAGUUCUGCUCCAUCACGGAUGACACCUACACAAAAGAUCAGGUCCUGGAGAUGGAGAAGCAAGUACUUGCGCAUUUUAGCUUUCAAAUAUACACUCCCACUCCAAAAACGUUCCUAAGGAGAUUUCUUAGAGCAGCACAAGCCUCUUACCCGCAGAGCAUGUGCCUUGAACUAGAGUUUCUAGCCAGCUAUCUAACGGAGUUGACCUUACUAGACUAUCAUUUCUUGAAGUUUCUUCCUUCCGUCAUCGCUGCUUCAGCAGUUUUUCUUGCCAAGUGGACAUUGGACCAGUCAAACCACCCAUGGCAGAAUCCAACACUUGAGCAUUACACAACGUACAAAGCCUCAGAACUGAAAGCAUCUGUUCAUGCAUUACAAGAUCUGCAGCUUAACACCAAAGGUUGCACAUUGAGCGCUGUACGCAUGAAGUAUAAGCAAGAGAAAUUCAAAUCUGUGGCGGUUCUCACAUCUCCUAAAUUACUUGGCACACUAUUCUGAAGGACCAAAACGAACGUUUCAAGUCUUAACCGAAAAU